GGGAAAGAGACCGUUCUACACUGUACAUCUUGUAGUCAGCAGGUCCCAUAACUCUCGCGAUAAUUACGAAGUACUGCGCCUGCGCACUGCAGUGGCGCUUUGGCGGUGGAGGAGCGUUCACUGGUUGGUGUGUGAGGGGUGACUCUGUGGAGAUUGCGUUGUACCCCCGAGACUCGCCACCAUGAGCAGCACCUUAGCAAAGAUCGCGGAGAUCGAAGCCGAGAUGGCUCGAACUCAAAAGAACAAGGCAACAGCACAUCACCUAGGACUGCUUAAGGCUCGCCUUGCUAAGCUUCGUAGAGAACUCAUUACUCCAAAAGGUGGUGGAGGUGGUGGGCCAGGAGAAGGUUUUGAUGUGGCCAAGACUGGUGAUGCUCGAAUUGGGUUUGUGGGUUUUCCAUCUGUGGGGAAGUCAACACUACUGAGUAACCUGGCUGGGGUAUAUUCUGAAGUGGCAGCCUAUGAAUUUACUACUCUGACUACUGUGCCUGGUGUCAUCAGAUACAAAGGUGCCAAAAUACAGCUUCUGGAUCUCCCAGGUAUCAUUGAAGGUGCCAAGGAUGGGAAAGGUAGAGGCCGUCAGGUUAUUGCAGUGGCCCGAACAUGCAAUUUGAUCCUGAUUGUUCUGGAUGUCCUGAAGCCACUAGGACAUAAGAAGAUAAUUGAAAAUGAAUUGGAAGGCUUUGGUAUUCGCUUGAAUAGUAAACCUCCCAACAUUGGCUUUAAGAAGAAAGAUAAAGGAGGCAUUAAUCUCACAGCUACCUGCCCUCAGAGUGAGCUGGAUGCUGAAACUGUGAAGAGCAUUCUGGCUGAAUACAAAAUUCAUAAUGCUGAUGUGACUUUGCGUAGUGAUGCCACAGCUGAUGACCUCAUUGAUGUGGUGGAAGGAAACAGGGUUUAUAUUCCCUGUAUUUAUGUAUUAAAUAAGAUCGAUCAAAUCUCCAUUGAGGAAUUGGAUAUCAUCUAUAAAGUGCCUCACUGUGUACCCAUCUCUGCCCAUCACCGCUGGAAUUUUGAUGACCUGUUAGAAAAGAUCUGGGACUAUUUAAAACUAGUGAGAAUUUACACCAAACCCAAAGGCCAGUUACCAGAUUACACAUCUCCAGUGGUGCUGCCUUACUCCAGGACCACAGUGGAGGAUUUCUGCAUGAAGAUUCACAAAAAUCUUAUCAAAGAAUUUAAAUACGCUCUGGUCUGGGGUCUCUCUGUGAAACACAAUCCACAGAAAGUGGGUAAAGACCAUACAUUGGAGGACGAGGAUGUCAUUCAGAUUGUGAAGAAAUGAAACCUUUUCUUUUUCCAUCUGUGGGGGCCAACCACAGCAACUUUCUCUAUGACCAAGCACCCUACUUCACCCCUUCUGUCUUUGGCAGCCACUGGAUCAGAAUACAGGGGUGGGAGAUGGAGGCACACAAAUUAUAACUUCAGUUACUUUGGUGUCACCUUCUAUGUUGAACUGCAUAAAAGAUCUCAUAGCCCUGUUGGCUUUGUGGA